CGAACCAUGACGAUAGCCUAUCGAGUAAUGAACAUCAAGACAAGAAGACAAAGCACACGGCAAUCAUGAUCUGAGACGAGAGAGAGAGAGAGUAGAGAGAGAAAUAGAGAUGCCGAGCAGCAGAUGGAUGGCUACGGUUGCCAGCAUAUGGAUCCAGUGCAGCUGUGGUUCAUCCUACACCUUCGGCAUCUACUCCUCGGUUCUUAAAUUAACCCAGUCAUAUGAUCAAUCCACCCUCGACACCGUUUCUGUCUUCAAGGACGUUGGCGCCAACGCUGGCGUCCUCUCAGGCCUUCUCUAUUCCUCCGUCACCCUCAGUAACGCGCGUCUCCGUGGUCCAUGGGUGGUCCACGCUGCCGGUGCGAUCCAGUGCUUCCUGGGCUAUUUCCUCAUUUGGGCCUCCGUCGUCGGUUUGAUCCCUCGGCCUCCGGUGCCGUUGAUGUGCCUCUUCAUGUUUCUGGCGGCUCAUGCUCAGACUUUUUUCAACACCACCAAUGUGGUCAGUGGUCUGGAAAACUUUCCUGACUAUGGUGGAACCAUCGUCGGCAUCAUGAAGGGCUUUCUCGGUAUAAGUGGAGCAAUACUAAUCCAAGUGUAUGACACUCUGUGCAAGGGCAAGCCAAGCACGUACAUUCUGAUGCUCGCUCUGUUGCCUACAUUCAUCUCCCUUGUGCUUAUGUUUUUUGUGAGAAUUUAUAAAGCAACUACAGGUGAUGGCAAGAAGCACUUAAAUGGCUAUUCUUCUGUUGCUCUGAUCAUUGCUGUUUAUCUCAUGGUUCUUAUAAUUUUGGAAAAUGUCUUCACUUUGCCAUUUUGGGCAAGAAUUUCUACAUUUAUUCUUCUUCUGUUUCUACUCGCAUCACCUCUUGGAAUUGCAAUCAAGGCACAGGAGGAGGACACAAGGAGAUUACGACAAAUAGAUUCAAUUGAUAGUAAUCUUUUAAUUGAAAGUGCUGAGCCAAUUACUUCCCCAAAGUUUUCUUCAGCAGAGGAUUCAAUAGAGUAUCAUGAAAUCCAAGGUGGAGUGGGUGGAGUGGGGGCCAGUUCAGUUGACAAAACGCUUGUGGAUGCAGAACACUUGAAUCUAUUGCAAGCUAUGCGUACUGUAAACUUCUGGUUGUUGUUUGUUGCCAUGAUAUGUGGAAUGGGCUCUGGGCUGGCUACAAUUAACAACAUGAGCCAAAUAGGGGAAUCUCUUGGUUACAGAACCGUGGAGAUAAAUAACUUGGUUUCUUUAUGGAGUAUAUGGAAUUUCCUUGGCCGUUUCGGAGCGGGAUAUGUAUCAGAUUAUUUACUGCACACAAGAGGUUGGGCAAGGCCAUUGUUGAUGGCUAUUACGCUAGCCACAAUGACAGCUGGCCAUGUAUUAAUUGCUUUUGGUUUUCCCGGAAAUUUAUAUGUGGGUUCAAUCCUAGUGGGAAUUUGUUAUGGUUCACAGUGGUCGCUAAUGCCCACAAUCACUUCGGAGAUAUUUGGAGUCAGGCACAUGGGUACUAUUUUCAACACAAUUGCCACAGCAAGUCCUGUGGGAUCUUAUAUUUUCUCUGUAAGAGUGAUUGGGUAUAUUUAUGACAAAGAAGCAUCUGGUGAAGAUGGCACCUGCUAUGGCACUGGCUGUUUUAUGUCAUCUUUCAUGAUCAUGGCAUCUGUGGCUUUUUUCGGUUUCCUUUUUGCUGUUGCAUUGUUCUUCCGGACUAAGAGGUUCUAUCAACUUCUUGUGCUUAGAAGGUUAAAACAUUCUCUAAAAUGACAAGUUAAAAUGCACUUUUUGUACAUGUGAAUGUAAUGAAUGAGGCCAUAACCUCCUCUCUCUCUCUC